UUUCUGGAGGGACUGAACCAGACAGCAGAGAAGGUGCUGAGUCAGACAAGAGUUGUGCGACCAGUGCAGAGUCAGGAAAAAAAAAUGAAAGGGGCUUCACAGGGCAGAAAGCAUCCUCCCUCUCUCGGCUCCUGAUGCUACAGCACCUGCUUAGUCUGACCAGCAGGCACUGGAGGCUGCAGCAGCCACAGCUGUGACUAGGCAGCAGCAGCCGUGCCAGCUCCCGCCCAGCUCUCAUUGAGAAAAGGGAACCGGAGCAGGAGGGGGAGGAGAGCUCCCUGCAAAGCCGCCUCGGGAACAGCCAAGGAGACUCCGAGAAUGGGCACCAGACUCGGCUUACGUGGCGGCUCCGCGGGGAGCCGGAAGACAGAAGGGAAAAGGGAGAAGCCUGCAGAGAGCAUCAGAGGCUGAGGGGGUACCAUAAAAGGAGCAGGGGAGUCCUUUGCAAGGAAUUAUCUGCGCGCUGGAAUGCGUUCUGGAGAAGGUGCCAAGGAUUCCUUCCCUUUUCUCUCAGAUUAAAGGAGCCAGCCAGGACCCUGCAGAAGUACUCCCGAGGGGCCUUUCAGUUCUUCUUCCUCCUCCCCUUUGCACAGGGCCGUUUGCUGACCUUUCUAGAUGACUUUGUGUCCAGCUGAGAAGACAGUUCUCAAUAAACGAAACUAUUCCUGCCUCGAGAAGGUAGUCACAGCUUGCUAGCUGCAAUUCUUUUCCUGUGACAUUUUUGGAAUGUCUGCAGAAACUUAAAAACAAAACAAAGCAGACAACAGCAGCAACAGCAGCAGCAGCAGCAAAAACAACAACAAAAAUCCUCAAAACUCACUGAAUUAGGCAAAAGAAAAAGGAGAGUAAUUUGUUUUGUUUCUCACCAAAGAGGAGUAAAUGAGAUGUUACCUUAACUCAGGACUUGGAUGAUCAAAACCCCGGGAGUUCUAGGAAUCAGCACUUCAGACUUGAGACAUAUAAACAAACAUGAGGAGGAGCGCCUGUGGGCUUCCACGCUGAGGCAGGUUUUAAGGAAGCCUGAGCCGGUCUCACACAACUUGGGGCCUGCAUGAUGCCUGAAGAUCGAAAUUCGGGGGGACGCCCCUCAGGUGCCUUAGCAUCAACUCCUUUCAUCCCCAAAACUACAUACCGAAGAAUCAAACGGUGCUUUAGUUUCCGGAAAGGUAUUUUUGGACAGAAACUGGAAGACACCGUCCGGUAUGAGAAGAGGUACGGGAACCGGCUGGCGCCCAUGCUGGUGGAGCAGUGUGUGGACUUCAUCCGACAGCGGGGGCUGAAGGAAGAAGGCCUCUUCCGGCUGCCGGGCCAGGCAAACCUGGUCAAGGAGCUCCAGGAUGCGUUCGACUGUGGAGAGAAGCCCUCCUUCGACAGCAACACCGACGUCCACACUGUGGCAUCCCUGCUAAAAUUGUAUCUCCGAGAACUUCCAGAGCCCGUCGUUCCUUACGCAAAGUAUGAAGACUUUUUGUCCUGCGCCACGCUGCUCAGUAAGGAGGAAGAAGCAGGUGUUAAGGAGCUAAUGAAACAAGUGAAGAGUUUGCCUGUGGUUAAUUACAACCUUCUGAAGUACAUUUGCAGGUUCCUGGAUGAAGUGCAGUCCUAUUCAGGAGUUAACAAGAUGAGCGCACAGAACUUGGCAACUGUCUUUGGUCCUAACAUCCUGCGCCCAAAGGUGGAAGAUCCUUUGACCAUCAUGGAGGGCACUGUGGUGGUCCAGCAGUUAAUGUCAGUGAUGAUUAGUAAGCAUGACCGACUCUUCCCCAAAGACACAGAACCACAAAGCAAGCCCCAAGACGGACCAAACAGCAAUAAUAACGAUGGUCAUAAGAAAGCCACCAUGGGUCAGUUGCAGAACAAAGAAAACAAUAAUACCAAGGAGAGCCCUGUCAGACGGUGCUCUUGGGACAAGCCUGAAUCCCCCCAGAGAAGCAGCGUGGACAAUGGAUCCCCCACAGCCCUAUCAGGCAGCAAAACCAACAGCCCAAGGAACAGUAUCCACAAGCUGGAUAUUUCCAGGAGCCCGCCUCUCAUGGUCAAAAAGAACCCAGCCUUCAACAAGGGCAGUGGGAUUGUCACCAACGGGUCAUUCAGCAGCAGUAAUGCAGAAGGUGUCGAGAAGCCUCAAACAACUCCUAAUGGGAGUUUACAAGCCAGAAGGACCUCUUCACUGAAGAGUUCUGGUACCAAAAUGGGCACUCACAGUGUACAGAAUGGCACCGUCCGCAUGGGUAUUCUGAACACUGACACACUAGGGAAUUCCUUGAACGGCCGGAGCAUGAGUUGGCUGCCCAAUGGCUAUGUGACCCUGAGAGAUAAUAAGCAGAAGGAGCCAGUAGGAGAGUCAGGCCAGCACAACAGACUCUCCACCUACGACAAUGUCCACCAGCAGUUCUCCUCGAUGAGCCUCGACGACAAGCACAGCGUGGACAGUGCCACAUGGUCCACCUCCUCCUGCGAAAUCUCCCUCCCUGAGAACUCCAAUUCCUGCCGCUCCUCUACCACCACGUGCCCAGAGCAAGACUUCUACGUUGGGAACUUUGAGGACCCUGUUUUAGAUGGCCCACCUCAGGAUGAUCUUUCCCAUCCCGGAGACUAUGAGAACAAAAGUGACCGCAGGAGCGUAGGGGGCCGAAGCAGCCGGGCCACGAGCAGCAGCGAUAACAGCGAGACAUUCGUGGGCAACACCAGCAGCAACCACAGUGCACUUCACAGUUUAGUUUCCAGCCUGAAGCAGGAGAUGACCAAACAGAAGAUCGAGUAUGAGUCCAGGAUAAAAAGCUUAGAACAGCGGAAUUUGACUUUGGAAACGGAAAUGCUGAGCCUUCAUGACGAACUGGAUCAAGAGAGGAAAAAGUUCACCAUGAUAGAAAUCAAGAUGAGAAAUGCUGAGCGCGCGAAGGAGGAUGCGGAGAAAAGGAACGACAUGCUUCAGAAGGAGAUGGAGCAGUUCUUCUCCACGUUUGGAGACCUGACAGUGGAACCCAGGAGAAGUGAGAGAGGAAACACAAUCUGGAUCCAGUGAGCCUUUCUCUCUGUCCUGGACCGCUCCAUGGAGGACUCUGGGGACUUGGGGGCAAACAGUGUUGGGGAACAGUGUGGGAUCAGGUGGCUGGUCUGUGUAGAGCUUCAUCUGGUGCAGGAAUCUCAUUUCCAGACAUCACUAUCCAUAUCUGCAGUGUGUACCAAAGUUAUAUCAUGCUCCAUAAUGCUACUGUCAAGUGUUACAACUGGAUAUGUGUAUAGAGAGUAGUUUCUAAGAUGUCAAUAAGAAUAAGAAGCAUAUAUCGCAAUGAUUAUUUUAUUGCAAGUCCUGUAUUUAAAUGUCGAAUCAAUACAUUGUUGCAAUUUAGCUUGCAUUCAAGCUUCACCCCGUGCACUUAACAUAAGCUAUUUUUGGCAUCGUGUUAUCAUCUGCUUAUUUUAUAGAUCAAUAUUUUUAUUUCCCCUUUUGUCAAGGAAAUGGAGAUAAGAAGAAAUAUAAAUAUAUAAAUAUAUAUAAGAUGAGUUAUUAAAGUCAAAAGAA